GGCGGAAGACGGAAGUUAUUGAAACCGGAAGCGCUGUGUAAAGUCUCUCUGGCUCUGUUUGGUAGUGGUCCGGUACAUAGAAAUGGGACUUUUCGGGAAAACGCAGGACAGGCCGCCGAAAGAUUUGGUGAAUGAAUGGUCACUUAAAAUCCGGAAGGAGAUGCGAAUGAUUGAGAGACAAAUAAGAGAUAUUCAGAGAGAGCAAGAGAAAGUCAAACGAUCUAUAAAGGAGACGGCAAAGAAAGGCAACCGGGAGGCAUGUAUUAUAUUAGCGAAGGAGGUGGUCCAGUCGAAACGAGCAGUAAAUAAGUUGUACGCUUCAAAGGCGCAAAUGAACUCUGUGCUUAUGAGCAUGAAGAACCAGCUGGCUGUACUCAGAGUUUCCGGGUCCUUACAGAAGAGUACUGAAGUUAUGAAAGCCAUGCAAAAUCUAGUAAAGAUUCCAGAGAUCCAAGCCACCAUGAGAGAACUUUCUAAAGAAAUGAUGAAGGCUGGCAUUAUAGAAGAGAUGUUAGAAGACACAUUUGAAGGAAUGGAAGACCAGGAUGAAAUGGAAGAAGCGGCAGAAAUGGAAAUAGAUAAGAUUCUCUUUGAAAUCACAGCAGGGGCCUUGGGCAAGGCUCCCAGCAAAGUCACAGACGCCUUACCAGAGGCUGAUCUGGAGGGAGCCACAGCUGCUGUUGUAUCUGAUGAAGAGGAGGAGGACAUGGAAGCCAUGCACUCGCGGCUCGCCGCACUCCGGAGCUAAUGACUCACUGUACAGACUCUGUUCUUUAUUCUACUUGUAACUUUCUUUUGUGAAAGUCAUUUGAGAUAUAUAUAUACACUAUAUAAAUCUAUCUAUCCUCGGCUUAUUAAAGGUGGCCUACUCCUGUGCUGUCUUUCCCCCCUGGUUCUUGGUACUCACGUCUAGCCCUUUGAGGAGGCACGCAGCGGGGAUGACUCCAUACAUCUGCCUCUAAACGCCGUGCACUCCCCUUGCCUUUCUGUGGCUGGAUAACCAUGAUGACCUGCUGAGUGUGAUCAGUGGGAUAGACAGACAGUGGACUUGGAGAGCGGGUUUUGCAUCUGUUAAAUAAAUGGUGGAUACAUAACGGUUUCUAUAUAUAAUCUA